GUAGUAGUUUGUUAAACAACUAUAAAACUCUACAUACAUUUAUUAUAAUAAAUCAAUGAGGAAUACCUUAUUAGAACAAUCAAGUUAUCGAAAAUCGACUAGAGAAGAAGAUGACAUACACAACGAAUUACAAAAGAAUUUACGGGACAUUCGUAAAGACAUAAUUUCUAAUAAGGCAGCACUAAGAGAAGAAAUCAGAGAAAUUAUGGAAGAAGAGAUGACCAAAUUACGGUUGCACAUAUCUUGUUGUCUGAAUCAACAGUCGCGAAUUUUGACAACGUUGAACUCGACUUCGAUGGAUUCCAGGACGUCGUUGCUGAUGCCCCCGCCGCCAUCUUAUAUGCCGCCGCAGUUCGUGUCGGCCUCAGCGUCGCCGACGCCGUCGAAUUGCCAUCUGUCGUCGCAAUCGUUUCACAUGUCUCGACCGCACUACGAACAGCCGCAGCACAACGCACCGUCGCCGCCGCCGCCGCUGCCGCCCCCGUUGCCGCCCAUGAACCUCGGCACCGCGGCCGAGGACGACGAGUCGACGCCGCCGUCGUCGCCCGACAACCAAUUGGCGAGAACGCAGCAAAAGAAACAGUCCAACAUACCAGUGCGGCAUGUAAUCACUGUGCAAGCCUUGGAAAACCAAAAGAAAAAAUUAAAAAAACUCAGAGAAUGA